UAUUUAGGCAACAGCAAGAGGAGAGACUCUGACGUUUAAGAACCGUGACUUGGAACCAAAGCGUUGCUCGGAGGAAAAGUCAGAGCCGCAACCGUCGCUGUUAUCAAUAAACAGGGAAGCAUUAAUCACUGAACUAAAAACGCUGGAGAAAAACAGCCCAGGGAAGACUGAGGACAGGAAAAGGACAACCGGCCGGCGCCGCGGCUCACUAGGCUAAUCCUCCGCCUUGCGGCGCCGGCACACCGGGUUCUAGUCCCAGUUGGGGCACCAGAUUCUGUCCCGGUUGCUCCUCUUCCAGGCCAGCUCUCUGCUGUGGCCAGGAAGUGCAGCGGAGGAUGGCCCAGGUGCUUGGGCCCUGCACCCUAUGGGAGACCAGGGAGACCAGGAGAAGCACCUGGCUCCUGCCAUCGGAUCAGCGCGGUGCGCCAGCCACAGUGUGCUGGUUGCGGCGGCCAUUGGAGGGUGAACCAACGGCAAAGGAAGACCUUUCUCUCUGUCCACUCUGCCAAAAAAAAAAAAAAAAGAAAGAAAGAAAGAAAGAAAGGGACAACCGCGAUGGAGUUCAAGAGGAGGAGCCAACAAGUAAAUCCAACCGCAGGUUUUACUGAAGAGCAGGGAGGCACGGAAGGCACUGAACACGCAAGACACGGAGGGGGUGGGUGGCCUCCGCCUCCCUCACGGCUCCCACAGGGAUUUGCAGACGUCAGCCGAGACCUCCAUGCUGCGAAAUUUGGGGGCCAGCGCUCGGCCCCCCGACUCGUCCCUCAGCGGCCGUGGUCCCAGCGAUCCUGCCUCCUGCCCCUGAGGCCCCCAGCGGUCACUGCCCACCGCUGGCCAGUCCGGCCCUCGCCUUCUCCUCUCCAUGCACCCCCAAGCUGUCAUCUCCUCCCAGGGAUGUCAACAUCACCCCAGCCUCAAACUCACACCCACACCCACGCUGUCAGUCAAAGCACGCACGCUUGACGUCACCUAACAGCGGCGCCAAACUGCACCUGCCCCAAACGAAAAUCCCAACCUUCCUCUGCCCUGGAACUCGGCCCCUGCGGCCCUUGGUGCACAGGUCCUCUGGUUCAGCCUCCCUAAAGCACCCAGAGACGCCAUCUCCAGCCUUGCCAAUCUCUCAUCCCCGAUCAACCCAGGGCUGGUCCCUCGCCUCCCUCAGGCCACGCUGUCUGCCCCUACCCCAGGCUCGCCCUGGCCUUCCUGUGGGCCGACAGCACGCUCGGCUCGGGAGAAUCCUGACGCAGAAGCGCCGACCAAGCAAAGGAACCGAGGAGCCCCGCGUGGCUGCACCCGACGCCAUCACAAAGCCUCCGCGAAACGGGUGAAUUCCAAGAGCACAGGGGGUCACCCCACGGAUCCAGGAAGGGAGAAGUCUGAGUGGGGGGCAGGCAGAGAGGCAGACGCCGUGAGGCAGCCACUCCAAAACCCGAGACAAGCACGAUGCGAACGGAAGCUGUCGUGGGAAACCGCCAGGUUCCCGCGCCCGCCCGGCCUGCAUCGCGGUGGCAGAGACCGAGGGGUGCCGCUGCCGGGCUUUGUGGCUUUACUGCCACUUACCUUCCUGGAAGUUGUCUUGGAUUCACACCUGCCUCCCAGGGGCCCCUCCCCCACCUUGGCUACUGAACGCAUCCAGGGCCGACUCCGAGCUUCCGUCUGGACCUGCCCCUCCCUCCUGGCUGUCCUGCUGGAAGCCCCGAGCCUGCCCUGCCGCCUGCCUGCCUGCCUUUCACGCCCAGGGCCACCCGUCAGCCUCUCUCGCUGGCUCUAUUUUGAACACAGACCCCAAAUCGCACCCGCCGCCUGCCCCGCUCAGUGCUUCUAACAGGUGUCCCUGCUCCCACCUCCCCGGGCGUGUUCAGCACAGAAGCCGGAGUGCUCGGUGCUCGGCACAGUCCAGCCCCGAUGGCUGCCCAGCCCCAGGCCCUUCCUGCCCUCGGUGCCUCGUGGCCUCCACGGGGCUCCUGCAGCCACACAGGCCGCCCUGUUUUCCCCGACAAUCCUGGGCCUGGCACUCCGUACACAGGCUGGGGUUCAGGUCCUGCCCCUGCUGCUCACGCACUGUGCGGCCCCGGCCUGGUCACUCAGCUUCUCUGGGCUUUGGACUCUCCCCAAAGGCACCACGCGUGGGCUGCGGGUCAACCUCACUGCCAUGGACACCCCCUGACCACAGUGCACCCUGCUCGUAGGUUCUCGGCGCCUCGGGGCCGCUUUGGCAUUGAGCUGCCUUCCAGAAGGGACCACUAGUGAACGUCACCUCCUGUCUGCUUCUGUGGUGGCCACGCCCCGCCACGCAGUGGGUCCACAGGUGCAGGGAGCCGGCUGCCUCAGCGCUGAGUGUUGGGGGGCCUGGCCUGGGGACGCCACCAGGAGGAGGGGACGCCCAGGCUGAGCCCCCAGGGGGCCACGGCGGUCUGCACCAGCGGCUCCUGGCUGGGUGGGGGCCAGGCGAGCACGCGGGGCUGGGGAGCGGCGGGGAGGAGGGGGCCCGUGGUGUGUGCUGAUUCUUCCGGGCCUGGUUCCCAGAACCUGUCCUUGAUCUAUGGUGAGGAAACCAAGGCCCGGGCAGCCGCCGAUGCUGCUGCUGCCCACUGGACCACGCGGCCGCCGUCGUGUGGGCCGGGCAGUGCAGCCCCCAUCUGCAGCUGGUGCCACACGGCCACCGUCGUGUGGGCCGGGCAGUGCACCCCCCAUCUGCAGCUGGCACAGCGGGCCGCGUCUGCACCCUAACAGGGAAGAUAAGGGAGCACCUGGCAAUUUGCAUAAUGAAGCUUCCAGAACUGUCAGCCUGGCAACAGAAAGGCUGGCGGUGCGGGGGCCGGCAGAGGCGGCGGCGGCCCAACGGGAGUAAGUGCCAGGUGAGCCGCGAAGCAGCCCGCGGCGGCCAGGGUGGGUGUGGGGCGGCGCGGGCUUCCCGCUGAACCCCCAGGGCCACCCAGGCCGGGGGGCGGGAGCCGGGUGAGCUCCUGUGGAGACCCCAAGGCUGCUCACGGGAGGAGCGAGGAGCGGCAGCGCCCCCCCCCCCCCACCGCACACGUCCAGCGCGGCUGGGCGGGGCACAGGCCGGGCGAGGAGGCGGAGCAGCGGAACUCACCUGUCACCCAGGCAAGGCCCCCCAACCCGGAAGUCCCGGACCCGCGGCCACGGCCCUCGGCGCCUUGGGUCCCCACGCUGUGGCUUCCCGGCUACGGCUGCCUAACGGUGACGUCCCGGCAGUUCUGGAGCUAAGCUGCGGCCGGUGUCUCCCGAGCACUUCCGAGACUGGAGACUGACCCUGCAGGCCCUGGAAGACGGCUCGGGCGCUCUCCCAAGGCGGCUGGCGCCGGUCCUAACGCGCAACAAAAGGCUUCUAGAACGUUCCUAGCAAGGCGGAAUUGAAAGAUGCAUUUUACCUGGGGGAACGGGGCGGGGGGGGGGGGGAUCCGUGCAGAGCUUCUCCACAAUACACGUCUUCCACGCACUGACUCUCGUGCGUGUCCUGUCCCCCAGGUGUACACCUGUGCAGGUACAACGGCCCCCAAAGACGUCUCGCCCCCCAGAGGUAAAAGGGACCUGCUGUGUGACAAGGGGAGGAGGCUGCCAGGGGAGGCGACCCUGGCCUGGUCGCUGGGCCCCAUGCAAUCCCGGGGGUACCCGGAAGAGGAGGUGAGAGAGGGAGGUGUGCAGGGGACGCCAGGACCGAGGCCAGUGCAGGAAGGGGCCCAGGCCCAGGACGGCAGGAGGCCUCUCCAGGAGCUGGGCGAGGGCACUACUUCACCCCCAGCAGCUCCCGGAAGCAGCCCGCACUGCCCACACACGCUGUCAGGCACCCCUGAGCCCCAGAGCAGACUCCCAGCCACCGAGGCUGGUUCACCGGUGACAGCCGCUGGGGGGACGUCACCCCGGGCCUCGGGGCCGUCUGUGCCACAGGAUGGAUGCACCCAGCCAGCCGCUUCCCCCUCCCGCUCGGCUGGGCACGGGGGACAGCGCGUGGCACUGCGCCAUGGACACUUUCUGCAGGGACCACACAAGGCGCUGCUUGGGACAGCCCCGCCCCUCGAAAGUACACGCGUCUGCACAGCUCUGCCGGUAACAAAACCUGCCGACACCACCAGCUCACCGGAGCGCCACGAGGGCCGAUGGAGGGCCCAGGGUCCAGAGGGUGCCGGCCGACAGACGCCCUUCCCCACGUCCGCUCCCCUCCCUGAACUGCGUCUGGAACCUCUCGGCCUGACUCCAAGGCCAGCCCGGGGUCAGCCCCCGAUCACGGAAGCCCGGGGCUGGGUGUGUGACCACAGCUGGCCAUGGCCCUGCACUCGGAAGCCUGGUCCUCUGGAAGCUGGUGGCGGCCGAUGCAGGGGGGCCUGACCCCAGUCUCGGGAGUGGAGCUGAGAAAAGAAUCCUUCCCUCCCUUUCUCGUGCGAGUCAGGCUGGCUUGGGGCUCCCAAGGCCAGCGCCAGAGGGCUCUGACGCUGUCACUGGGCGCCAGGCCAGGCCAGGAGGGACCAGGGUCUCCCGCUUCCUGCCCAGGGUGUCAGAGCCCGGGCAGACCCCUGACUCGCUCCAUUCUGUAACCUCCCUGGGAGGAAAGCAGAGUUGACGAUUCCAUUUUACAGUUGGGUAAAGCGAGGCUCAGGGCCACAGAGCCCGGCUCUUCCGCGUCCAGCACGGAGCUAUGAAUAGCACAGGGAGCGGGGCGGGGGGGGAUCUGCACACGCUGCUGGCUGGACGCACCUUCCUACCCCUCACUGACCUGUCCCUCGGGGAGGAGCCACCAGGACUGACGUCACUCACGUGGGACGUCCCCCAUGGAAGCGGGCAGGCAGGGUGCCUGGAGCCCGGCCCGGCUUCCUGCUCCUUGGCCAGGGUCGGGGCACCUUGGGCUGGAGUCAGAGGCCUCCCCGGUGAGCCACAGUCCCUGACGGGGCUCCGCCAGGACACCUGCCCUGGACCCAGCUGGGUGGGCCAUGUUCCUGCUCCGCCCUCAGCUUUCCCGUCUGCGAGGGCGGAGGCCACCGGCAGCCACGAGCGUGAGCGGGGACAUAGACCGUCCCCUGCUGCGCCGUGAGGCAGCCCCGGCCGACACCAGGCUGGAGCCCUGUGCGAGACCCUGAGCCACGCACUCCCGGGAUGGGGGAAGUGGCUGCUCCAUUUCGGAACAUCCUGGGAGACCCAGGGAGCAGGAUGGCUGGGGGGGCCACCCGGCAAGGUCACCCUCCCCUGCGCCCUCGGGGAAUGGGGCUCCGGCCUCGGCCUGCACAGCCCAGGGGACCGGCGCCCACUGUCCACCCAGGGUGGCAGGUGCAGAGGGCGCCACUGGGUCCUCGCCCGCUGAGGUCGGCUCCAGCCCAGGCCGGCGGGGAUGGCGGCUCCACGGCCUUGUCUUCUGCUUUGCGUGAGAGGAGCUGGCCAGGGUGCAGCUCCCGUGGGGGCCGCCCGCCUGCAGGACACUCGGUCCACCCCCCCAGCUGGCCGUCCCCUUUCUCCGGGAGCCCCGGUGGACUGGGCUUGUGCAGGUGACAGGACCCGGUGUGGCUGCAGGUGCCUGGGGCACAGAGGCCACGGCUACAGCUAACGGUCAGCUGUGGUGGCAGACUCCCUGGGGUUUGGUUGUGCCUGUGGCACACUCCUGGCAGGGUCACUGGGCUGCGUGGAGGGUGGCUGAGCCAUGAAGGGCUCCCGGCACUGCCCGGCCCUGGCUGUGAGGCUGGGGGCACCUGCCGGGGGUCACGGCGCACUCCCUGACUGCCCCUCCCCCCCACAGCCGCCAAACCCAGCCCCUGCUCUGGGAGGCAUCGUCUCCCAGAACUGACCUCGCUCUGUUCCCGCGGCAAGCGAGCCGUCCGGUGUCCCUGCAGACGUGAGAGGCCAGAGGUGGGGGAGGGGACGUGGGCUGUGCAGGGCCAGCUACACCCGGCUGCUUCUGACGCACAGGACGGAGCCAGAGGACAUGAGGACACAGAGCGCGUGAGGCAGAGGGCAGGGCGGCCGGCUCCCCACGCCCCCUCGCUGCUGCUCCCCUGCCCCCAGCUCCUCCCUCAGGCCUCCCCCACCCUCGGACAACCCACACUGCUGAUCCCCAAAGCCACGCUGGCCCCAGGGCACCCGGCUGGGCAAACUGCACCAGCGUCUUCCCGGCUGCCCCGCCCAGUGCCCCAGAACCUUCCUUGGAUCCCCCCAGGUGCCUCCCACCCCAUCCCUCAGCCAGCCCCACGGGCUCCAGCCCCUCCUCGAAGGCAGAUGGGGUCUGCUGGGUGGGCUCCUGGCUCCCUUCCCCACUCAGCCAGCACUGAGCAGGACAUUGUUAGAACAGGGACCCGGAGCCAGGCCUCUCUGGGGCUCCCCGUCCCUGGGUGAAGCCCACUCCUCACCAUGGCCCUGCUCAGUGAGACCUACCCUUCCCCCCUGCCUCCCUUCCCUCCCACACACGUGCCACCCAGACCCUCCUCCUGGUGCGUAAAUGCACACACGCGCUGUGCCCCAGUGCCUUUGCACAUGCCGGCCCCGAUGCCUACAGUGCCCCUACUUCAUCUGGGCUCCUGCAACCCUGGAAGCCCCAGUCCCUCUCGCCACAGCGGUCAGCUGCCCAGAGGGGCGGGGGUGAGGCCGCGAGGGCCCGAGUGCCAGCCAAGGGCCCGUCCUGCUGCCGGGAGCCCCAGCAGAGCCUGGUCGAGGCCGGGCCCGACCCCGCCCGUGGGGGUCUGGAGGCUGCUCCGCUCUGGGAGUGCCUGCCUUGCCCUGGGGCUGCCGGGAGCCCCUCCCUCCCACCCCUCUGUCCUGCAGCCUUCCAGGAAGGCCCGCCUCCGAACAUCCACCUCCUGAAGGUUAAUUUUUAAUGCCACGGUGCUAAAUAUUUGAUGCCGCAGCGUGGACUGAGACCCAUGUUCUCCAUUAAAUGCCACAAAGCGCCCCGA